AUGGCUGACAUCAAAACCACAUCAUCAUCAAGCUCAACGACGCAAAACAUCACAGACAAGACCUACGCAACUGCUGGAAACCUCAUCAAGCUCCUCCCAACAGGGACAGUCUUCUUCUUCCAAUUCUUCAACCCUGUCUUCACCAACAAUGGCACUUGCCACGUGGCCAACAAGUACCUCACCGCCUUCCUCAUCGGUGUUUGUGGCAUCUCUUGCUUCAUGUCUACCUUCCAUGACAGUUACAAGGGUACUGAUAAGAAUACCCACUACGGCAUUGCCACCUUGAAGGGCAUCUGGCCCUCCACGGCGUCCGAUGGGGUGGACUUGUCGGUGCUUAGGCUCCGGUCCGGGGACUUUGUUCAUGCCUUUUUUUGCUUUGAUUGUGUUUGCUUGGUUUCUCUUUUGGAUGUAAACACUGUGAAUUGCUUCUACCCAUCGUUCGUAUCAUCGCAGAAGGUUUUGGUCAUGGUGUUGCCGCCGCUUGUCGGGGCAGUUGCUGGCUUUGUGUCUAUGGUCUCCCCUUACACCCGCCAUGGUAUUGGAUAUUCUUCAACCCAGUCUUCAACAAGCUCUGAGGCCUUGUUUGUUUAA